GCCUCUCAACAUGAAGUUCAUUCUUUCGCUGACCCUGCUCGCGGCCGCAGUAGCUGAUAGGCCCAGCUACCAUGCCCCUCCUCCUUACCAUCAUCCUCUUCCUGCAUACAAGCCUGCCCCUUCCUAUGCCCCUCCCCCUGCCUACGGGCCGCACCACCCUGUCCCUGCUUAUGCCCCGCCCCACGCCCCUGUUUAUGGCCCUCAUCCCCCCGCCCCUGAAUAUAAGCCUGCCCCUACCUAUGCCCCGCCCCACGCCCCUACCUAUGCCCCGCCCCCUGCCUACAAGCCUACCCCUGCCUACAAGCCUGCCCCUGCCUACAAGCCUGCCCCUGCCUACAAGCCUGCCCCGUCCUAUGAUGCUCCUGCUAAGUACGACUUCGAGUGGGCUGUGAAGGACGACUACUCCGGCAACGACUACGGCCACCAGGAGUCCCGCGACGGAUACAACACACGGGGAUCCUACUACGUGCAGCUUCCCGACGGUCGCCUGCAGAAGGUCACCUACUACGUGGACGGCGACUCAGGCUUCGUGGCCGAGGUCACCUACGAGGGAGAGGCUCAGUAUCCUCACGAGCAGCCUGCCUACAAACCUGCUCCAUCCUACAAGCCUGCACCCGCCUACCGACCAGCUCCUUCAUACAAACCCGCCCCAGUUUACGGCUGAACUUCUUGAAACCUUCAAAAAAAAAAAAAAAAAAAAAAAAAACACACACACAAAAACUUUGAUA